CUCCCCGCCCCUUUGUGCGCCCGCGCUUCCUACAGGAGGCUGGUUCCUGACAGGAGUGUCGGAAGAGUUCCAAGUGCCUGCAAAACCGACGCAGCUGUGCAGGAGCGCGCGUUCGGGUCCUCUUGUCCGCGUGUUCGAGACUCCUAAAGAUGUCAGCUCAAGGCCAUACCUGGUCCCGACAGGUGAAGAAAGAAGAUGAAGAAGAAGACCCACUGGACCAGCUGAUCUCCCGCUCUGGCUGUGCUGCUUCCCACUAUGCAGUGCAGGAGUGCAUGGCCCAGCACCAGGACUGGCGACAGUGCCAGCCACAGGUGCAGGCCUUUAGGGACUGCAUGAGUGAACAGCAGGCAAGGCGACGGGAGGAGCUGCAGAGGAAGAAAGAACAAAGCAGUGCCCACCGCUGAGAGCCCACACCACCUGUCCCCAGAGGAUGGCCCUGCAGAAACUAGCACCCAGAGAGAUCAUGGGAGAAAGAAAUCCUUCCACAGUGGAAGUGUGGGCCGAGAAGUGUAAGACUUGGGGAUAGUAUUUGGGCCUGGGGUUGAGAGCCAGGCAGCCAUGGGUUUGGACAUGACUGCCAUAAAGAGCAGUCAUAUUGUCAUGUUGAGAUCCCACACAUCCUCACCCAUCUUAUGUCACCGAUAUUAAAUAUUGACCAGUAUUUGCCAUGUAAAACAAAGAAAUGGGUUAAGGGAUGCUCUCUACGCUACAUCUUGGGUCAGUGCGCCAAGUACUGCGCUAAUUACAUGGACAUUUAAUUUUAAAGUAAAUUUACAAUCUAAAGGUAAAUUGGUUACCUAGUCAGUUCUUCAUUUAUUCAGGCAUUGGUUCAAAAAUAUCAAGUUUUUCUGAGACCUUCUCAUAUGCCAGGCACUGUGUAGGAAAUUGAUAUGAUGAAAAUAUGAUCUCUGCCUUUAUGUUGCUUUAGUCUGGUUUAAGAGAAACAAAACAACACUAGAACAACUAAUUAAUUCCUGACAAUGAUGUAAAUGACUUUCUCUUUCAUCAAUUGUUCUGGAUGUUUCAGUCAAUCUAAUGGAAGGAAGAAGGCAAAUGGGAAAACAAAUACUGAGUGCCUCUCAUAUGCCAGACUCUGUUGCAUUAACAGGUAAAGAGUCUGACCUCAACAUGUUCCCAAACAAAAAAACACACAAUGUUGGCUUGACAUUUCAAAAGUACAUUUAACAUACAGAUUUUCAGCUUUUGAAAAGUGGAGAAGCUGUCAACAUGGAGCUUAUAUUCUUACUUAACAAUUUGCUGGAGCUGAAUUAACAAUUUCUCUUUUAGGUGGAUGUGUUUUCCAGUUCACAACAGUUGCCACCACUUUUCAUUUUUCUUCCAUGGAACUGCGUUACCCAGUCUAUUUCUGUCUGACAUUUGGGAGUGGGAAGGGAGUUGGGUGGGUGACCCCUGCUAUAGAACUGGAAUGCAAAGGGGCAUAUGCUCUCAUCAUCAUCAGUAACAUU